AUGCCCAACGCGACUCUCCAGCCAUGCGCCAACCGAGGCAACACAACAAUCCCCACGACAGAGUCUUUGCGCAUUUGUAAACGACGCCUGGUAACCAUUUCAGAAGCUUCUACGACUUCCUACUUCAAGGUUUUUGCUCCCCCUUUUGCGGUUCCUCGACGACACCCCUCCUAUGCCGUUCGUCGAACAUCCCAGUUCUCGAGAGUACUUCAGUAUUCCACAUUACACACCCAGAGGGACAGCACUCGUUCCUGUGAACCGCGCGACACCGAAAUGCAUACUCCACUCGAUUCAUCCCCGCCGGAGCUUGAAGCAUUUGGUAGUGCUGAGAACAGAAUGGAAGAGCGGGGGAACGAGAGACGACGUCUAGGGAGCAGUCACACGUUGCGAAAGGUACCCUCAAAAGGAAUCUUUGCGCGUGUCGCUCAGGCACUCGAUUUCAACAAGCAACGUCAGCCAAGCCCGGGACCUGUACCUGGUUCCUUUACUAUACCAGAUCGCCCAACUCGUGUUUAUACGGUACCAAGCCCUAUAAUUACCCAGAGUCAAUUGGGAGAAAGUAAUCGAUGCGAGUCCACAUUGGUAACUCCAGUGGUUUCCCCACAACAAUUCGGACGAACUCCACCCUUGACAAGGACUAAUAUAUGUAUCACAAAACACCGCAAUAAUGUCCAAACGCGGUUCCCCUGUCCCCUCCCAAUCACGAGUGCAAAUAUGCAUAUAACAAUGGAUGCCAUGAAAAUUUCUGCUCACCAGGAUCUAUUUACUUGGGCUGCAGUAGACAUAUCAGCAAAAAUCGCUAAUUUGGAUGGUGACAUUGAUGCUCAGAUUGGUUGCGAAGUUCCACUAGACAUUAUGAUACUUGUGGAUAACUCAGCAAGUAUGCCCUCCACUUUAUUAAACGGGGCGUGCAACACUGUGCUUCACAUAGCCUCUUCAAUGGACAUUUUGGUAGACCGACUGGCAAUUGGUUGUAUAUCUGCUGAUCCUGAACAGAAUCUGCAACUUUUGUCGCCACUAUCAAUAUGCAACCUCGACCUCAUUCGAAGACUACUUCGAUCCAUGCAGAUAUUUAAACUGCCUGGUGACCAGCUAAGUCGGGCCCGCACCACAAAAGCCAUCCAAGAGGCAUCCAAUCUGCUACUGAGAUAUUCCAGUAGAGGAGCACUACGUCAUGUCUUUGUUGUUACUUCAAGUUCAAGCAUAUCAUUGUCUGAUAUGUCCACAAACGUAAGCAGCCGAAUACGGUUUCACACUGUAUCUCCAGAACCAGCGCUCGGAAUACGGGCUUCCACAACAAUGGAUGGAUGGCAUCUCUCUGCUAGUUUCGAUGAUGAAGAGGAUGACGGUGGUGUGCAAAGUCUGAAAGAUAGAUUAAAACAGGUUAUGCGACACCUUCGUAUGGGCCUCGACCCUGGGGUCUUGUCAAAUUUGUCGAUAAGGAUUCCUGGAGGCGACGGUUGCUAUAUCGCAGCCAUUCUUGGACAGACGAAAUGCAAAACGUUGCGACCAGGCGAGAAGUGGACGAUCUUGGUCAAAAUAAAAGCUAUUUCUGAGGCAUUGGAAACCUCCUAUGGUCCUAAUGACGGUAUCGAGAAUACAGCUGGACAUGGAGACCAUCCGGUGCAAAAUCGUGCCAAGAACGAUGUUGAUCAAAUGAUUGAUCAACUCCAGGGACUUUUCAGGUCCUCCACCAUAGCUCUGACUGGGAGUCUUUUUACUGUGACCCUAGAGCACAACCAUUCAGCGCUCUCCAGCCCCGCAGUGAUUAAAUUGGAAAAUAAGUGUGAAAUUAACCGAUAUCUUCGUAGUAACGCUUUAUUCGGUGAUAAGGUGAGAAGAGCUCUAAGAAAAGAUGUGCAAGAGUUAUACGACGAGGAAAGAACCAUUGAGGCUAUGAAUUUGACCAUUAAUUCAAUGCAUCUGAGUCAUCACCUCGAUGGUGAGGAUCGUACGGAAUCGGCCCAUGGUGAUGACAGUUUGGAAGGAUCAUCGUAUCCACCGGAUCCAAUGAUGUAUGUUAGCCCGCGUGUAGCACUGGGGAGUAUGAACCCGUUCCGAAAUUUGGUAAGAGGAUGUGACGAGAACUGCAUUCAUGCGCUUCCUCCAGAUCAAAAUGCUCAUGGAGGCUUGCCAUUCGUUUCUCGAUGUGGAUAG